AUGGCCGAUCAACUCAACAUGAACAACCUCUCGCUGAGCGAGUCUCAGCACGCCCCUAGACAAAAUGGCAACGGUGGAUUCGUCCGCUCUGCUUACAUCCCUCCUCACGCCAGAGGCAGCACCAGAGGCCCUGCUCCUGGUCCCGCUGCUAUGGAUGGCGCACCUCCCAUGAACGCGUGCAACUGGCUGACGAAAAUUUUCAGACCCGGCUUCGGUGCUGGUCGCGGCGGCGGCGGCGGCUGGGGCGGUGCUCCCACUUUCACCCCCAGAGGCGGCAACGGCUUCGACAGAAACGCCUACGGCAACCCCGGCCAGGGCGGUGGUCAACAAGCCCGCGGUUCUGGUGACGGUCAGUGGAAGGACGGCAAGCACAUCCCUGGUCCCUCCAACCCCCGCGUUGAGCGCGAGCUGUUCGGUGUCCCCAACGACCCCAACGUGCAGCACAGCGGUAUCAAUUUCGAGAAGUACGACGACAUCCCCGUCGAAGCCAGCGGUCAAGGCGUUCCCGAUCCCGUCACCACCUUCUCCAACCCUCCUCUCGACGACCACCUUAUCAGCAACAUCGAGCUCUCCGGUUACAAGGUCCCCACUCCUGUCCAGAAGUACUCAAUCCCCAUUGUCAUGGGUGGCCGUGACUUGAUGGCUUGUGCCCAGACCGGUUCCGGAAAGACUGGUGGUUUCCUCUUCCCCAUCCUCGCCCAGGCCUUUGUGAAUGGCCCCAGCGCUACCCCCGUCCAGACCGGCAUGGCCCGCCAGCGCAAGGCUUACCCUACCUCGCUCGUCCUCGCCCCUACCCGUGAGCUUGUCUCUCAGAUCUACGAGGAGGCACGCAAAUUCGCCUACCGUUCAUGGGUCCGCCCCUGUGUCGUCUACGGUGGUGCCGAUAUUGGUCACCAGCUCCGCCAGAUCGAGCGCGGCUGCGAUCUCCUUGUUGCUACCCCUGGUCGUCUUGUUGACCUCAUAGAACGUGGUCGCAUCUCGCUCCAGAACAUCAAGUACCUCGUUCUCGACGAGGCUGACCGCAUGUUGGACAUGGGUUUCGAACCUCAGAUCCGUCGCAUUCUGCUGGCCCGUGACUUCCUCAAGGAGUAUAUCUUCCUCUCUGUCGGUCGUGUCGGUUCCACCUCUGAGAACAUCACCCAGAAGAUUGAGUACGUCGAGGACGUCGACAAGCGCUCCGUCCUGCUCGACAUCCUCCACACUCACGGCGCUGGUCUUACUUUGAUCUUCGUCGAGACUAAGCGCAUGGCUGAUUCGCUCUCCGAUUUCCUCAUCAACCAGGGCUUCCCCGCUACCUCGAUUCACGGUGACCGCACACAGCGCGAGCGUGAACGCGCCCUCGAGAUGUUCCGCUCUGCUCGUUGCCCCAUCCUCGUUGCCACUGCUGUCGCAGCCCGUGGUCUCGAUAUCCCCAACGUCAAGCACGUCGUCAACUACGAUCUUCCCACUGACAUUGACGACUACGUCCACCGUAUCGGUCGUACUGGUCGUGCCGGAAACACUGGUGUCGCCACUGCUUUCUUUAACCGCGGCAAUAGAGGUGUCGUUCGUGACCUUCUCGAGCUCCUCAAGGAGGCCAACCAAGAGGUUCCCGCUUUCCUCGAGACUGUCGCUCGUGAGGGCAGCGGCUUUGGUGGUGGUCGCGGUGGCCGUGGCGGUGGUCGUGGCCGUGGUGCUACUGCUACUCGCGAUGUCCGUAGCUUCGGCGGCGGUUCGCGUCCUGCCUACGCUGGCUCUCAGUGGGGCGGCAGCAGCGGCGGCGCCGGCUUCGGUGGAGCUGCUGCGGGUGGUUACGGCGGCGGCAUGGGCGGUGGCUACGGUGGUGGCAUGGGAGGUGGCAGCUACGGCAACCCCUCUGGUCCCUCCGGCCCUGGUGCCAACUCUUGGUGGUAG